AUGUAUACCUCAAUAGCAUGUGCAGCACUUCUUCAAGCCAUAAGAACAGAUGGUGUUUUCUCUGGCUCUGACCCUGUUGAUGGAGCUGAUUUUGAAGCACCAAAUCAGGCAUCAGAGAAGCUGACAUGCAAUGAUACCUGUCAUGUAAACCUUAAACUGAACACUGAUGGUGAAGUUGAAUUUGAGGCAAAAAUGAGAGUGAUUCAGAAGUUUUUAGUUGCAUCAUUGUUCAUGUGGGCAAUCCCCAUUGCAAUAUUAUAUGCUUUUAAUCACAACAUGUUUCCUGGAGCAUCCAAUUUGUCCCCAUACUCUGUGACACUAGUGAGUGGAUUUCUUGCUGUCAUUUCUGUCAAUGUAGUCAUAGCAUUUUACAUAUAUUUGGCAAUGAGAGAACCUGCAGAUAAACACGAGCCUGAUCCUAAAUUUCUUGCUGAGGCCAAAGCUAGCAUCAAUCAGCCCAUAGGGGAUACUCAGCAAUCUUCCCAGGCUGUCAAGAAAGAACAGUAG